AUGGCAUCUCCGCCUUUCUCCGUCCAUCUCCAGUACUCCUCCGGCGACAUGCCACUCCCUACCGCCACCCUCCUUGUCCGCUCCCCCUCGGCCAACUCCCGCUUCCUCCACGUCCUCACAGCCGCCCUCGCCGUGCUCCUCCUAUUCCCUCCCUUUUCCUCGGCGUCGGCCCACGCCACCGUCUCCGUCGCGCGGCCGCUCUGCAAGCUCACGAAGCCGGUGGUCCUCCUUAUAUCCACCGACGGCUUCCGCUUCGGCUUCCAGUACAAGGCCCCCAACCCGCACCUCCGCCGCCUCAUUGCCAAUGGCACAUCCGCCGUGGAGGGCCUCAUCCCCGUCUUCCCCACAUACACCUUCCCCAACCACUACUCCAUCGUGACCGGCCUUUACCCUUCCUCCCACGGCAUUAUCAACAACUUGUUCCCCGACCCCAUCUCUGGGGACACCUUCACCACAGCAAACCGCGACCCCAAGUGGUGGCUCGGGGAGCCCCUCUGGGUCACCGCGGCCAACCAGGGGCUCCAGGCCUCGACCUUCUUCUGGCCGGGCUCCGAGGUAAAGAAGGGCUCCUGGGACUGCCCUGGCAAGUACUGCCGCCAGUAUAAUGGCUCCGUGCCAUUCGAGGAGAGGGUUGACGCCAUCCUUGGUUACUUUGAUCUACCGGCUGACGAGAUGCCGCAGCUUGUGACACUGUACAUGGAAGACCCAGAUGCGCACGGGCACCAGGUCGGUCCGGACGACCCAGCCAUCACAGAGGCUGUGAUGCACAUUGAUGAGAUGAUGGGGAGACUCAUCGCCGGUUUGGAAGCCAGAGGGGUGUUUGAGGAUGUGAACAUUAUAUGGGUCGGGGAUCAUGGGAUUGUUGGGACCUGCGACCAGAAGCUGGUGUCCCUCGAGGACUUGGCUCCGUGGAUUGAGGUGAAGCAAGAUUGGGUUCUAUCGACGACGCCGUUGCUGGCAAUCAGGCCGACAAAUGGCGUCUCACCGGCCGAGGUCGUGGCCAGGAUGAAUCAAGGGCUAGGGUCAGGGAAGGUGAAGAAUGGCAAGUAUCUCAAGGUUUACUUGAAGGAGGACCUGCCUUCUCGCCUGCACUACUCGGAAAGUUACAGGAUACCACCGAUCAUUGGGCUGGUAGAUGAAGGUUAUAAGGUGGAGAUAAAGCGAUCUGAGGCAAGGGAGUGUGGAGGGGCGCACGGGUAUGACAAUGCCUUCUUCUCAAUGAGAACCGUGUUUGUCGCGCACGGACCUCGGUUCCAGCGGGGUAAAACGGUGCCCUCCUUUGAGAACGUGGAGAUAUACAAUGUUGUUGCUUCCAUUCUCGGGUUGAGGCCAGCAUCAAACAACGGCUCAGCUUCUUUCCAUGGAACGGUUCUAUUGCCGACUGACUGA